AAUGCCCACGAUGCACCGCGCUCAGACAAAAACGCGGAAACAAAAAGCGAACCAGUUUCGUCUCCAAACAAUUAAACAUCGGAUCGGGUCAUUGUUGCGAGUUGACAGUUGCCGGUUUGACGCCCCGAUCUUCCCCACGCAACACCGAAGAGUUAUCAUGGCUUUGAAAAGAAUAAAGAAGGAAUUGAUGGACUUGCAGCGGGACCCUCCUGCUUCGUGUUCGGCUGGGCCUGUAGGAGACGACAUGUUCCAUUGGCAAGCCACCAUCACUGGACCGAAUGACAGUCCAUACCACGGAGGGGUUUUCUUCCUUUCCGUCCAUUUCCCCACAGACUAUCCCUUUAAACCACCUAAGGUGGCUUUCACCACAAAAAUUUAUCAUCCAAAUAUAAACAGCAAUGGCAGCAUCUGCCUGGACAUACUAAGGUCGCAGUGGUCACCUGCCCUCACCGUAUCGAAAGUGUUAUUGUCCAUAUGCUCUUUGCUAUGCGAUCCCAACCCCGACGACCCGCUAGUCCCUGACAUAGCACACACGUACAAAUCAGACAGACAAAAGUACAACGAAGUCGCCAAAGAGUGGACAAAGAAGUUUGCGAUGUGAAGGCAAGUGAAGUUUCAGCAACAUUCCCCUGGACACCUCAAAUUUAAAAAAAAAAAAAGGAAAAAGUACCUUUUGUCACGCUGAUUCUUGUCUACGCUGGGAGCACUUUCACUCCUCAAAACUUGACCCCACCCAAUUCUUAUCGACUGUUAAGUUUAUUCUGAUUUCAUUCAAUUGGAAUGGAUUUUUAUUAUGGUUAUUAGCAAUGAUGAUGAUGAUGAUGAUGAUGAUGAUGAUACCUCUUUUUUUAUUUUUCUUUUAAGAGAUUUAUAUGACAAAAUUAUGCCCAUUUUCCUUUGCAUUAAACACGUGGAAUUUUGAGUUGGAUUUGAUUUUGUUGAGGUAAGGAAAAAAAAUGCGCACGUCAGGUCCUGCAUGGAGUUGUAACUUUGGUGACCACGAGGGGGCGUCCUCAACCCUUUCUGCGCAUGCCUCGAGGGCAGGGCAAAUUCACAGCAGUACAACAUAGCCUUUGUGUUUAUGAAAUAUUUGUCAGAAGUGAUGUUCUACGUUCAUUAGAGCAUAAGGUUAUUCAUGAAUUGUUUUGCUAUCGUUGUAUAUAAAGUUACGUUUAUUCCA